CCCCGGCCCCUCCCUCCCCACCCUGCUCUGGGCCAGGCCAUCCAGCCAAAAGGCAGGCUGAGAGCUGCAGAGGCGCAGAGUCCAGCAUUGGUCCCAAGGCAGCCAGUUAGCCCACCGCCUGUCUGUCUGUCCCCAGAGCCAUGGAGAGAGCCAGUCUGAUCCAGAAGGCCAAAUUGGCUGAGCAGGCCGAACGCUAUGAGGACAUGGCAGCUUUCAUGAAGAGUGCUGUGGAAAAGGGUGAGGAGCUAUCCUGUGAAGAGCGAAACCUGCUGUCAGUGGCCUACAAGAAUGUGGUGGGCGGCCAGAGGGCUGCCUGGAGGGUCCUGUCCAGUAUCGAGCAGAAAAGCAAUGAGGAGGGCUCGGAGGAGAAGGGACCGGAGGUGAGAGAGUACCGGGAGAAGGUGGAGACCGAGCUCCGGGGAGUGUGUGACACCGUGCUGGGCCUGCUGGACACCCACCUCAUCAAGAAGGCUGGGGACGCUGAAAGCCAGGUCUUCUACCUGAAAAUGAAGGGCGACUAUUACCGUUACCUGGCCGAGGUGGCCACUGGUGAUGACAAGAAGCGCAUCAUUGACUCAGCCCGGUCAGCCUACCAGGAAGCCAUGGACAUCAGCAAGAAGGAGAUGCCGCCCACCAACCCCAUCCGCCUGGGCCUGGCCCUGAACUUUUCCGUCUUCCACUACGAGAUUGCCAACAGCCCUGAGGAGGCCAUCUCACUGGCCAAGACCACCUUCGACGAGGCCAUGGCUGACCUGCACACCCUGAGCGAGGACUCCUACAAAGACAGCACCCUCAUCAUGCAGCUGCUGCGAGACAACCUGACGCUGUGGACGGCCGACAACGCCGGGGAAGAGGGAGGCGAGGCGCCUGAGGAGCCCCAGAGCUGAGCCGCGCCUGCCGCCCUCCCUGCCCUGCCCUGCCCGCUCCAGUCCCCCACCCCUGGCAGAGAGGACUAGUAUGGGGUGAGAAGCCCAACCCUUCUCCCCAAAUGCUCUGCCCCACCCAGCUCAGAGAGGCUCCACAGAGGGACCAGCAGAGCUGAGACCACCUGGAGCCAGAGGACGCUCCUCUUCCUGCAGCUGUCGCGUGCUCCUACCACUGGUCAUCCCACCUAGCCCUGCUCUCUGAACCCCCUCCUCGAGACUCUCCCUGUGAACCGGGCCACUUCUUACCCCCUCUUGAUUCCCUCCUGCCCCCGCUGCCCCUGGAUCUUAGGAAUUGAGGAGUGUCCCACCCUUGUAGCUGAGAAUUGUGAGAAUUGGACCGUGUGGCAGAGGCUGGAGAUGAGAGAGAAAGAGAGUGUGUGUGUGUGUGUGUGUGUGUGUGUGUGUGUGUGUGUGUGUGUGUGUGAACAAGACCCAGAAUGAGAGGGAAAGCAUGUCUGCUGGGUGUGACCAUGUUUCUCUCAAUAAAAUUCCCCUGUGACACUC